AUGCAGGGGGAGAGAGGGUUGGAUGGGAGUGCGGGGCACAAUUUUGGUUUAAGGGGAACAGAAGAGGGGGAACACGUUGCACGACAAAUUCGACGUUUCAAAGAAUUGGAAAAAUCAUUAAAUGAUCCAUUGUUAUUGGAAGCUUUAAAGAAUGCUUUAUACAUGUAUUCUGCAAGUUAUAAAAUGAAAGUAUAUGUUAACGAUGUUUUAUUUUAUCAGACAUUUAAAAUAUUUGGUACACCAGAACAAUAUGAUAAAUGGACAGAUGAUGUUAAAAAUUGGCGUAUUGUUGGUUGUUUUGCAAUGACCGAACUGGAAACAACUGCAACAUACAAUCAAGCGACAGAUGAGUUUAUAAUUCAUUCACCAACAUUAAUGUCAACCAAAUGGUGGAUUGGAAUGGCUGGUCAGACUGCAACACACUCAUCUGUACUUUGCCAAACUAUUGUCAAUGGAAAAGAUUGUGGUUUAAAUUGGUUUAUUGUACCAUUACGUGAUCAUGAAACAGCAAAACUAUUACCAGGUGUUACUGCUGGAGAUUUAGGAGCAAAAUCUGGACGUAAUGGAUUGGAUAAUGGAUGGAUACAAUUUUCUUGUGUUCGUAUUCCACUAAACACACUUCAUAAAAAUCUUUCAGUUCCUGUAACAGCCAAAAUCCGUAUUUUUCCUGAUGUUGAGAAAACUUUAAGAUAUGCAAAAAUGAUUGAAAGUGCUGGUGCACAAUUAUUAGCAGUACAUGGUCGAAUACGUGAUCAAAAAGGUCAUAAAACUGCUUUGGCUGAUUGGGAACAGAUUCAACUUAAAAUACCAGUUUUUGCUAAUGGAAAUAUUCUUUACUUUGAAGACAUCCAAAAUUGCAUAGACAUAACUGGUGUUGAUGGAAUAAUGUCAGCUGAAGGAAAUCUUUAUAAUCCGGCAAUUUUUGCUGGAAUAAAUCCUCCAGUAUGGCAAAUGUCAGCUGAAUAUUUAGAGAUUUGUAAAACUAUUUCCACCAGACUUACUUGUAUUCGUGGUCACCUUUUUAAAAUUUAUAAGCCUGCACUACCUUUUCAUGUAGAUUUAAGAGAAAAAUUAGGUAAAGCAAACAGUUUUGAAGAAAUAUGUUCAAUAUCUGAAGAAUUAAAUAAACGAUUAAUGAAAACAGCUGCAGAAAAUGAUGAAAAUAUAGACAUUAGGAAGGAUGAAAAUGGUUACAAAACAUUUCCUCAUUGGAUUUGUCAACCUUGCAUACGUCCUUUAUCGGACAGCAAUGAAGCUAAUUAA